CGCGGGAGGCGCGGAAGGCGCGGAGCGAGCGACCCGCCGGGCCUUUGUCUCCCGGCGGGGCGGGAGCGGCGGCGGCGGCCGCGGGGCGCCCCGAGCGCAGAAUGCGGCGCCCGGCGGGGCGGGCCGGGGAGCGCUGCGGCGGCGGGCGGCGUGGAGCCCGGCCCGGGGCCCGGGGGGACUUGUGUGUGUGAAGGGGGGACCCGGCGCCCGCACGUGGGCGGGAGCGGCGACCCGCGAGCCGGAGGACCAGCCGGAGCCGGAGGCGCAGGGAGGCGGAGGCGGAGGGAAGCGCGGCGGCGCCGCCGGACCCCGGGCCGCCCGUGAGGCCCCGCCCCGGCCGCCGAGCCCCGCGCGGGCGGGCGGGAUGCCCUCGGCCGCCGCACUUUAGCCCGAGCCCGGCCCUGCGCGGGCGCCAUGGAGCAGUGGCGGCAGUGCGGCCGCUGGCUCAUCGACUGCAAGGUCCUGCCUCCCAGCCACCGGGUCGUGUGGCCCUCGGCGGUGGUCUUCGACCUGGCCCAGGCGCUGCGCGACGGCGUCCUGCUGUGCCAGCUGCUGCACAACCUCUCCCCCGGCUCCAUCGACCUCAAGGACAUCAACUUCCGGCCGCAGAUGUCCCAGUUUCUCUGUCUGAAGAAUAUUCGCACCUUCCUUAAAGUCUGCCACGAUAAAUUUGGAUUAAGAAACAGUGAGCUGUUCGAUCCCUUCGACCUCUUCGACGUCCGAGACUUUGGGAAGGUCGUCUCCGCCGUGUCGCGGCUGUCCCUGCACAGCAUCGCACAGAACAAAGGGAUCAGGCCUUUCCCCUCCGAGGAGACCGCCGAAAAUGACGACGACGUCUACCGCAGCCUGGAGGAGCUGGCUGACGAGCACGACCUGGGGGAGGACAUCUAUGACUGCGUCCCAUGUGAGGAUGAGGGUGACGACAUCUACGAGGACAUCAUCAAGGUGGAGGUGCAGCAGCCCAUGAAAAUGGGCAUGACAGAGGACGACAAGAGGAACUGCUGCUUGCUGGAGAUCCAGGAGACUGAGGCCAAGUACUACCGGACCCUGGAGGACAUCGAGAAGAACUACAUGAGCCCACUGAGGCCGGUGCUGAGCCCCGGGGACAUUGCCGCCAUCUUCAUCAACCUGGAGGACCUAAUCAAGGUGCACCACAGCUUCCUCCGGGCCAUCGACGUGUCCAUGAUGGCGGGCGGCAGCUCUCUGGCCAAGGUCUUCCUCGACUUCAAGGAGAGGCUCCUGAUCUAUGGAGAAUACUGCAGCCACAUGGAGCACGCCCAGAGUACCCUGAACCAGCUGCUUGCCAGCCGGGAAGACUUCAAGCAGAAAGUGGAGGAGUGUACGCUGAAGGUCCAGGGUGGGAAGUUCAAGCUGCAGGACCUCCUCGUCGUCCCCAUGCAGAGGGUGCUCAAGUACCACCUCCUGCUGAAGGAACUUCUGAGCCAUUCCACAGACCGACCCGAGAGACAGCAGCUCAAAGAGGCACUGGAAGCCAUGCAGGACCUGGCGAUGUACAUCAACGAAGUGAAACGGGACAAGGAGGCCUUGAAGAAGAUCAGCGAGUUUCAGAGUUCCAUAGAAAACUUGCAAGUGAAACUGGAGGAAUUUGGGAGGCCCAAGAUUGACGGGGAACUGAAGGUCCGGUCCAUCGUCAAUCACACCAAACAGGAUCGGUACCUCUUCCUGUUUGACAAGGUGGUCAUCGUCUGCAAGAGGAAGGGCUACAGCUACGAGCUGAAGGAGAUCAUCGAGCUGCUGUUCCACAAGAUGACGGACGACCCCAUGAACCUCAAGGACGUCAAGAAGUGGUCCUACGGCUUCUACCUGAUCCACCUUCAAGGGAAGCAGGGCUUCCAGUUCUUCUGCAAGACGGAAGACAUGAAGAGGAAGUGGAUGGAGCAGUUCGAGAUGGCCAUGUCAAAUAUCAAACCCGACAAAGCCAACGCCAAUCACCACAGCUUCCAGAUGUACACAUUCGACAAGACCACUAACUGCAGAGCCUGCAGGAUGUUCCUCCGGGGCACCUUCUACCAGGGUUACCAGUGCACCAGGUGUGGCGUCGGGGCGCACAAGGAGUGUCUAGAAGCAAUGCCACCCUGCAAGAGCAGUUCGCCUGCGGACCUGGACACCUCUGCCGUGGGACCAGGUCCCAAGAUGGUGGCUGUGCAGAGUUACCAUGGCAACCCGGCCCCUCCCGGGAAGCCGGUGCUGACCUUCCAGAUGGGCGACGUGAUCGAGCUGCUGCGCGGCGACCCCGAGUCCCAGUGGUGGGAGGGUCGACUGGUGCAAACCAGGAAGUCGGGGCAUUUUCCCAGCUCAUCCGUGAAGCCCUGCCCCGUGGAUGGAAGGCCACCUGUCAGCCGGCUGCCGUCUCGGGAGAUCGACUACACCACGUACCCCUGGUUUGCCGGCAACAUGGAAAGGCAGCAGACGGACAACUUGCUCAAGUCCCACGCCAGCGGCACCUACCUGAUCCGGGAGCGCCCCGCGGAGGCCGAGCGCUUUGCCAUCAGCAUCAAGUUCAACGACGAGGUCAAGCACAUCAAGGUGGUGGAGAAGGACAGCUGGAUCCACAUCACGGAGGCAAAGAAGUUUGAAAGCCUCUUGGAGCUGGUGGAGUACUACCAGUGCCACUCGCUCAAGGAGAGCUUCAAGCAGCUGGACACCACCCUCAAGUACCCCUACAAGUCCCGGGAGCGCGCAGCCCCCCGGGCCUCCAGCCGGUCCCCAGCUUCCUGUGCUUCCUACAACUUUUCUUUUCUCAGUCCUCAGGGCCUCAGCUUUGCUUCUCAGGGCUCCUCCACCCCCUUCUGGUCAGUCUUCACACCACGGGUCAUCGGCACAGCCGUGGCCAGGUACAACUUUGCCGCGCGGGACAUGCGGGAGCUCUCCCUGCGGGAAGGUGACGUGGUGAAGAUCUACAGCCGCAUCGGCGGGGACCAGGGCUGGUGGAAGGGCGAGACCAAUGGGCGGAUCGGCUGGUUUCCUUCAACAUAUGUAGAAGAGGAGUGCGUCCAGUGACUGCAGGAACCCCAAGAUGACUUGCAGAUGUCUUGGAGGAGUUGCCCCAGCUCUGAAGUCUCUCUCGGCUCCACGACUCAGAGGGAGGGUCCUCGCCAACCUGCCAGAACUCAGCAGCCCGUCGGGAUGGGGUGGGUCUCCCAAAUCCUAAACGUGAAUCGUUUCGCCAUCAGUCUGCCUUUGGUGACCUGACCCUGGGUCCGCUACCUGUACAUAGAGGAAGUCUAGGCUCGCCCUGCUGUGUUGGCCGCCAAGGAGAGGGAGGGCCAGCAGUGUGGCAGGCCGGACCCCGGGGGACAGCCGAGGCCCAAUGCUCGGGGCUCACCACUGUCUGCUGGGAUGGUGUCCAGAGCCUGGGAUUAAACAACAAAGGCUGUCCCCGGGACGGCCGGGCUUGACAGCAGCCCUUGGUCGCCCAGCCCCUCCUCUGGGCUGUGGACUCUCGGCCUGCCUGUUUCCUGCUGCACACUCUGAUUCCUGGGGGGCCUCGGGCCUUGAGAGGCAGAGGGGCCCAGGCCGGGCUGUGGCUGCAGCCCCUGCUCAACCGCGACCGUGCUUGGUAUAGGAGAAGGGAGCAUGGCAGGGGGCUUCUGUGCAGCCUCCCUGGUCCCCCAGGACUUUGCCUCAACCUCCCCACUUCCCUCAGUGCCAGGGGGAUGUGGAGACCCCAGGGCAGGCCCCUCCCUUGGGAAGGAGCCUCAGGAACGAUGACAUUCUCAACCCUGUUCCCAUCAGUGGUACUGCUCUUUGCCCUUGCCCUGAAAGUCCCUUUCCGGAAGCCCAGGAAUAAAGGGUCUGCCCUGCCCUGCUGCCAGGUAGAGACAUGGUUUGAAAGCCCUAAAAUGGGCAGGGAAGGAAACAAGGGUUUUCCUCUCGCUACGUCCCCACUGCUCGCAUUUUUCCAGCAGGACCCCCUCUCUGCUCCCACCCCAGCAGCCCUUCUGGGCUUUCCGUGUCCAGCAGGGAGGUCCCUGGGUCUUCCCAGCCCUUGCAUGGGCGUCCCUGCUCGCCCUUGACUCUUUCUCAAAGGGCCCUGCAGCCUGUCACCCGAGCCGACAGCCAGCCCGAAAUAAGUGCUCUUGGGGGUAGCUCUACCCCCCACCCCCGGGUCUCCUGGCCUUUGACCUCUGGCUGGGUUGGCCAGACCCUGCUUUCUCUGCCCUGGUGUUGCACGACACCUGGCGACACUGUCCCUGUCCCAGCUCCAUGCCAAAGCUGCCAGGGAGACCUGAGCCCAGGGGCACCUUCCCCUCCGGGCUGCCACUCCGCCCUGCGCGAGGAGGGGGCUGCGGCGGGCCUGGGCACUGGGAGGCUGGUCCCUGCCGGAGGAGGGGGCCGGGUACUGCGCCACAGCCUGGGGGUCCUUUCCGAGGUCCGCCUGUGCCCUCCAGGCCGUGCUCACCCACCCAGGCUCCUGGGGCACAAACAAGAGUGGGGGCAGGGGGUGGACAGGUGGUGAGCAGGCCGCGGGGAAAGGGACUACGGCCUCAAGAGCCGUGCGAAAGGAGGGUAAAAGGAUCACGUCUGGGGAGCUGUGGGACAUGGGGGGAGAGCAGCCCGGACCCCUGUCUGUCAGGGGGUACCCAGCCCUUUACGAGUGACCUUUGGUUCAGCUUGGGGCGGGAGCAGGGAGAAAACCAGCCUCCUUCUGUGUUUACUGUCGUCAGAAACUUGGGGGUGGGGGGGGUGGACUUGUUUGUUUUUUUAAGGGGGGAAAAGUUUGUAAUUAUUUCAUCCAAAUCUCCCGUUAUAUAUCUGUGAAUAAUAAGGAAAGAUUUUAUAAUAGCAAGAAAAUGAUGUAUAUUUUAGUUCAUCAGGAAACAAGACAUCAUGGUAACGAAGGAUACUGAGAAAAAACAAUUGCAAA